CCCACCUUCCCCAUCACUCUCAGCACAACUCUUUCAAGACAGCUCUGAACAUUUGAGGAGCAAUGGCGCAAGACCCAGCGGUGGAGCUUCGCGAACUCAUGGGCCGCGAGAGUGCCAAGACCCGGCUACGGCGUCUUGCUUCUCACGCCCCAUCAGCAUUCAACCCCGUCUGCAGGCAUACGACUGAGGCUGCAUGCCGCGAAGCUGGGGAGGACUGCUCGCGCGUUCACUUCCAGCCCAUCAUUCGGCCAUACACCGAUGCGUCUCUGGGGCACUGCAGCUACCUCAAUAUGUGCUAUGGCGAGCCGCUGUUCGCGGGGAAUCCGAGUCUGGGUGACACAGGAGGAGGGACGAAGUUCGGGACAAAAGAGUGCCGAUAUCUUCAUUUCCAGGUGACCCCCGCGCCAACUUAUCACACGGAACCACCACCACUGGCUACACCAAUACCUCUACCUGCACCUGCUCGAGCUCUCCGUGCUCCACCACGGCCGGGGACGGCACAGUGGGUCAAUUGCGACAUACGCAACUUUGACUUCAGCGUGUUGGGACAGUUUCAGGUCAUCGUGGCUGACCCGCCGUGGGAUAUCCACAUGACUCUACCGUAUGGCACAAUGACGGACGACGAGAUGCGUUCCCUGCCUCUUGCGUCCCUCCAGCCCGACUGGGGCAUCCUGGCGCUGUGGGUAACAGGCCGCGCCAUGGAACUCGCUCGCGAGCUCCUGAACGUGUGGGGCUACGUGCGCGUCGACGAACUCGUAUGGCUUAAAACCAAUCAGCUGCAGCGCCUUAUUCGUACGGGUCGCACUGGACAUUGGCUGAAUCACACCUGCGAACAUCUCCUGGUCGCACUCAAGCGACCAGUUGGAUGGCCGCGUGAGCGCGGCGUGCCUUGGGAACGAGAGGAGCUGCGGGCACUCAGACGUGGCGUGGACACUGACGUAGUAGUGGCCGAGGUCCGUGAAACUUCGCGCAAGCCAGAUGAGGUUUACGGAGUAAUCGAACGCCUGGCACCGCAUGGCAGAAAGCUCGAGCUGUUCGGGCGCAAGCACAAUAUUCGCUCCGGGUGGCUCACCCUGGGAAAUCAGUUGCGCGACUCGCAGAUCACUGAGCCCGACCUCCAUGCGCGCCUGACGGCGCGCUACCCAGAUCAAACGUUCACCCUUGUACAGUAACGUUGUAUG